UGACGUGGGAACAUCUCCUCAGCAACCUCACUGUUACAAUCGGUUGCUCAGCAACAUCAACACUGUACUAUUCAACUUGUAACCGCAAAGUCUGCUUCACGGCCAUUCGCGUACAAAUUAAUAUUUCAAGUAAAAUGGUGUAAUUAACAUGCAAGCGAGGCUGACCACACAUCGACCAUGGCUGUCUCUGCUCUCAGGAAUUGGUGGAAUACCUACCAGCUGGACACAUCAGAUACCAGUGACUCCAACACAGAGAAAGAGAGGGAGGAAUCAGCAAGGAGGAGGCAGUUAUCCAUGAGCCUAAGUCAGACACUGCGCACCAGGCAGCUGCUCAUAGACUUUGAUGGUGGCAGGCCUGUUUUGAGUCUCAGGGCACCACUGGACCUGGUUAACUUCCCAUCUGUCUCCUGUCCCCGUUGGCCCAUAGAGUGUGAAGUCAUCAGCGACAUUAUACAUCACAUAGAGUGGGACCCCCCAGAGCCAGAGCCUUUUUAUCAGCCCACAGGACAUGAGAAGAUAGUGAUGCCAGCUGGAGAGGAGCAACGGAAAGUGGUAUACUGUAUUGACCAUGCCACUAAGCGUCCUUAUUUCUCCUGCUCUCGUGCUGGAGGAAGCAGGGGGCCUGUUAAGAGCGCCACUUGUGACAUCAGUCAGACAGACUCGACCCUUGAGUUUGAGUCACGCUUUGAAAGUGGAAACCUUCAGAAGGCAGUGCAAGUGGGUGUCUAUGACUAUGAGCUCAGUUUGCACACAGACAUGUACACCAGAAAGUACACGCAGUGGUUCUACUUCAGGGUCAGAAAUAUGAAGGCUGGAGUGAACUAUCGCUUCACCAUCAUCAAUUUGAUGAAGAGCAACAGCCUGUAUUCUCAGGGCAUGAGACCAUUGCUCUACUCUGAGAGGGCUGCCAGUGAGAAACGAGUCGGAUGGCAGCGCUCCGGUUCUAAUAUCAAAUACUCUCGGAACUGCAGUCAGAGUACAAAGGACAACAGCAGUGAGCCCAUCGCCCUGUUCUCACUCACCUGGACUCUCCAGUUCCCCUAUGACUCAGACACUUGCUACCUGGCCCACUGCUACCCCUACACCUAUUCACACCUGCAGCACUACCUUAGAUGCAUUUCUGCCAACCGAACAGUUGCAUCAUACUGUAAACUGCGGGUGCUGUGCUACAGCCUUGCUGGAAAUGCUGUGUACGUGAUGACAGUAACGUCCCAGGGGACUGGCAGGGUGGAGGGCAGGACCAAGAAAGCUGUGGUUGUGACAGCCCGAGUGCACCCUGGAGAAACCAACAGUUCCUGGAUGAUGGAGGGGUUCCUGGACUUCCUGCUCGGGGACUCGGAAGAUGCCCAGCUACUCCGGGAUACUUUUGUUUUUAAGGUGGUGCCAAUGCUGAACCCAGACGGUGUGGUGGUAGGCAAUUACCGCUGCUCUCUAGCAGGCAGAGAUCUCAACAGAAAUUACAACACAUUGCUUAAGGAUUCCUUUCCCUGUGUGUGGCACACCCGAAGCAUGGUGGAAAAGCUGAAGGCUGAGACGGAUGUAGUUCUGUACUGUGACUUUCAUGGCCACAACCGCAAAAACAAUGUCUUUAUGUAUGGCUGUAACAGCCGAGGUGAUGGAUCAAAGAAGCUUCACGAGAGAGUUUUCCCACUAAUGAUGAGCAAGAAUGCCAGUAAUAAGUUCUCUUUCAAAAGCUGCAGGUUUCGGGUACAGAAGUGUAGAGAGGGAACAGGACGAAUUGCCAUGUGGAGACUUGGCAUCAGAAACAGCUACACUAUGGAGGCAACCUUCGGAGGCUCCACACUGGGCAACAGGAGAGGAACGCAUUUCACUACUCGAGACUUGAAGUCCCUGGGCUUUCACUUUUGUGACACCCUGCUGGACUACUGUGACCCUGAUCAAACAAAGAUUACUUACUGUCUGACAGAGCUGACAGCGAUGUUGACAAAAAAAAUCAGGCAGAAGCUGGGCAAAGAUUUGGGCACUGACUGCUACUUCUCUGUUUCUGAACUGGAAACCAGCACCAGUGGUUCAGAUAGUUCAGAUUCAAAUGGACUCCCAGUUCAUUUACUGAACCAACCACCAACUGUGCAUCCAGAGCAAACUCCAGUGAAGAAGAAAAAGAAACGCUUGAGGAGUCGUAAAGAGAGGAACGGGCUGCGACCAGAGAAAGUGAAGAAUAAUGUACAGCAGAAGGUCCAGCAAAGCAGCAUCAAAAAUGUGGAAUUCAGUCUGCCCCAAGAGAAUACAGUUAAAGAGAGUCUCCCAGAGAGGCCUGUUGGAAGACACAGGAGAAAAUGGCAGGUAAAUGGUCUGAUAAAAAAGGUUGUGAGCCCUUCUUCUACCACCCACCCUGAGGAGGUCAGUCAGGUGACUCUGUGGCAGGGGGGCCCGAUGACUCACAUGAUCCACCCACUCCUUUGA